AUGGGCAAUGGGGAGAGCUGUUGGGAAUCGCCCAACCGGAAGCCCGGACACUCAUGCCGCUCUAGCCUUCCCCCUCUAUUACUUACCGGCCUUCCGGCUUGGCUGCCCGACUCGCCGGCCUGUUUGAGCGAGAUCGCGCAGGCGCAGUUAGCCCCAAGCGAUGCGGGCCGGGGUCGGAGGCGAGGGGGCGUGGCCCGCCGCAGCUCGCCGGCGGCCAUGGAGGAGGAGUGGGCGCAGCUGAGCCCCGCAGAGCCUGAAGGGUACGAGAUCGUGGUGCCUAUUACUGUCUUUGAGUUGAGCGAUGACGAUUUUUUGACAAAUGAAGAUGUAGCUGUUUCAGGGGAAGAUUCAUUCUGCCUUCCUUCUGGAAAAGCUGAGAUUGUAAAAGAGGACCCAGGAGCAGGAGGUGUCUGCAAGCAGCAUUUGACCGAAGGCGCCCUCAGAGCAGAGCACAGAGUGAAACAAGCUGCGCCGGACAAAGUGACAAAAAGCCAGGGACGCGAUGAAGAGGUACCUGAUGCACGUGAAGACUUAAGUGUGGUUUCGUUUCAGAAUGUGCUGGAUCACUCAGAGCCCUAUCAGGACAGCCGAUCAGGACAGAGCCCGAUCAGAUCAGCCGUGGCUUUCUUAGACCCCAAGAUCCAGAAGAGAACAGAAAAAGAACAUGAGAGUGCCAGUGCUCUUGGCGGCGAUCGCAUCUGUGACCGACAGAUGCUGGCUUUUCUGAAUACACAGAGUGAAGGAGAGAAGACAAAUGACGUCGUAAAGGUGGCAACGACAGUUUCGCAGGGGACGGAUCCCGUUGCAGACGCAGUUGUUCGGGAGAGGCUGCCGGAGCUUCCUGCUGUGGAUCCGGCCAGGGGUGUUAAUGAGGAAGGUAGUGGCUCUUUGGAGUGUAAUGAAACCAGCCAGGGACUUAGAAAGAACAGUGUACUCAGUGAGGAAGCGCACCAGAGUAACAACUCAAAAGAGUAUCCACGCGUUGCUGACAAAAAUGAACAAGGCGCCUCAUCUCUUGUUAAUGGCGAUUGCCUUACAGGAAAAUUCCCGGAAGAUGCUGAAAGUUUGAUAAAGCGUGACUGCUCUAAUCCCAAGACAGACGGUUCUGGAAGCUUUGCUCCACCCGAAGUGAUUGACGGUUCAGAAAAGCACGAUACGCACAAAACCACGAAAGACUCCAGCGAAAAUGCAGAAAGUGGCCAACGGUUAAAAAGAAAUGGUGGUCAUCCACCUUCAGUUAAUGUCAAAAAACGCAAGACCGGAAAAACAGCACGGGAACAGGCAGACGGCUUGCAAAAGGGGGAAACCGUCGGCCCGAACGCCGUGGUGUGGAAAAAAUCGGGCUGUUUUCCACAGACGCAUAGUUGUGACCAGUGUGGCUUGGUACUUCGCAAAGAAGAGCACUUGGUAUACCACAAGGCCGUUCACUUGCAAGUUCAACCGAGUGAGAAUGGUAAUGACCAACCAUCUGGGAGGGAUGCAGGGUCCCCUGAAGCCAAGUCUGCUGGUAGACCAGCUCUUAAGCUGUUCAAAUGCCUGCAGUGUGCGUAUGUCAGUUCCUCGUUCGACAACCUACGCCUGCAUUUUGCUACUCACACAGGGGAAAAACCGUUCAAGUGUCACGACUGCGACAAGUCGUUCCGAAAUUCCAGCCACUUAAAGCGGCACAGCUUUCUGCACAUUCAGAACCCCCGCAAAUGCAGCUGGUGCCGUUUCAUAGGCGGCACUUCGGGGGAACUUAAGUCACACCAGAAGACCUGCAAGGACAAGAGGCCAGCAGGCAAAGAAGUCCAACCCUCCACUUCAAGAUGCGAGGACCCCGAGGAGCAAACAAGUGGGGAGGAAACAAAGAGAAGCGCUCUGUUGUGUGCGAGCCAAAUACGUUUGUACAGCUGCGAGCACUGCGAUUAUUCUACCUGUACGUCAGACCGCCUGAAAAUUCACGUGAGAAUUCACACGGGCGAGAAGCCGUUUGCUUGCGACGUGUGCCAGAAGAAGUUUCGAACCUCGAGUCACCUGAAGCGUCACACGUUGGUGCAUCAGAAGCGGGAGUUUAACUGCAGCCGCUGUGACUAUUCCGCCGGCAACUGGUUGUCCUUGAAGCAACACAUCGCUUCACACGGGGGCGAGAAUCUUCAGAAGAAACCUCCCUUGCCUGCCAAAGUUCACGCGUGCCAAGAGUGCAGCUACUCCACUCUCAAAAAGGAACACUUGACGAUUCACCUCCGGACACACACAGGGGAGAAACCGUACGAGUGUCUUCACUGCGGCCACGCCUUCCGUACGCCGGGGCACUUAAAGAAACACCUGUCCACCCAUGCGAAGCUGCAGUGUGACCAGUGCAAUUUUGCUACCCUUGACAAGCAUGUUCUGCGCAAGCAUGCCCAGACUCACAAGGGGACAGAGCCUUCUGAAGAUAAGUACAAAUGCAAUAAGUGCAGGCGCACCUUCUCUGCGUUGCGCAUCUUUAAGGCUCACAAGAGAAAGCAUGAGGGACCCAAAAACGUGAAAUCAUAAAAAGGCGAGUCACUGCCAUCGAGGAAGCCUGUGAUUCACCCUGAACUUGUCUUUUACGGAUACAGACUUCCCAAAAGCAUUCAGCGUUCUGCUUUGGCCAGAAGUUUGCCUGAAUCGACAGCCAGGAUCUUGUAAGACACAAGAGAGGGCUGAGAAAUUUACUCCUCCGGCCAGUCCCCGCUCCUUCCU